AUGGCAGCUGCUAUCAAGGCCAUCAACGCCAAGAUCCGCUCCAACAAGGUGCUGGACUAUGUCUGCUCUACCCACUUCUGGGGCCCCGUCUCCAACUUCGGUAUCCCCAUUGCGGCCGUGAUGGACACGCAGAAGGAUCCUGAGAUCAUCUCCGGCAAAAUGACCGGUGCACUCACCAUCUACGCUGCCACCUUCAUGCGCUACUCUCUCGCCGUCACGCCUAAGAACUACCUCCUCUUUGCCUGCCACUUGACCAACUUUGGCGCCCAGACAACACAGGGUUAUCGGUACCUGAAGUACUGGCACUGGGGUGGCCGGGAAGCUCAGCUCGCUGCAGAGGGUGCUAAAGCGGGCGAGGCUGCAACUCAGGCUGGGGCGUAA